GUACCAGAACCGGCUACUGCACCAAACACAUGGAGAAGUGCGGUAAGCCUGGACACAAUUGGUACUACAAGAAAGGCACUGGUGGUCAGCCAUCAAGCUGCAAAGACUGCAAACGAGCCAACAAUGGGUCUGGCCGAAAUUCCAAUGGCGCAAAUAGGCGACAAUGAGUCGCUCCCGGAGGAACUUACACGAUCGCAACAUGUCGCAGACAAGAUCGCAUCAAGAGUUGCGCCAAGCGUGUUUGGUGACACAACAGCGAUCAACGUCUCCUACAUCGCUCGUGGGGCAUAUAAUCACGUCUGGCUCGUCGAGUCAAGUUCGCAGGCCACCUUACAACCAGCACGACCAGCCAAGUUUGUGCUUCGCAUAUGCCAAGACAACGUCACCUCUCUCCAGCCAUUCCAGUCUCGCAACCACGUCGGUUGUCUGCAGUGGUUGGCCUUGAACGCUCCCGAAGUGCCAAUACCGAAGCUGUAUGAUUGGGGCGACGGCAGCUCUAGCAGUCCAGGGGCUUCCUUCACGGCAGAAGAGUUCAUCGAGGGUCAGCGACUCAGUGCUGUCUGGCCAACUCUCGCGGAAGAACAGAAGUCGAGUAUCUGCAAUCAAAUUGCAAAGGUGAUUGUUGAUCUUGGAGAAACAAGAUUUGAUGCUAUUGGCAGCCUCGUACCGACCGCAAAUGGCACUGGGGUUGGUAAAUCUGUUCAAUACGGUCCUACGGUCGAGGCUGCGAAGCUAUUCAACGGAAGGGCCAAAUUCCAUUCCCCCGAACACUACAACAUCGGGCCGUACCAGGACAGUAAGAGCUACGUCCUGGCAUGCUAUGAUCGCGAGAUGUAUUUCUACAGCCACGCUGACCGGGAAGAUAUCGAGGACUUUUUCGAUACCGAGCAAGACCCAUCCGACUUUGUAGAGUCGCUCAAGCGCAAACGUCGGGAAAUAGUCGACUGCGACACUGCUGCUACACACGAUGAACCCGUGUUCCGUGUCAUCGAUGCAGAGCCCAAGGUGCUCGUGCACGAGGACUUUCAUGCGGGAAACAUGCUCGUCCGCGACGGAAAAUUGGUCGGAGUCUUGGACUGGGACUUUGCUGGCGCUUACCCACUGAGCCAACUGUUAGGCAAAGGUCAGAUCUUGCAAAUCUCCAUGCCAUACGAGGAGAGGACCGACGAGACGGAAAUGGAAGAAGACGAGUGGCAUGAGCGGUACCGGGCUGCCGUUGCCGAAGAAGUCAGGAGCAGAAGCUGGUCGCAGAACAACAUCGACACGUUAUUGGGUGAAGGACACGAGAUGCUGAACGUUGCAAGGAUGAUUAUGUUUCCGGAGACACAAGGCAGCGACGCAGAGUCGAUGAGCGAGGAGUGA